AUGAGUUGUACCAAAGAAUCAUCGUCUUGUAACUCGUGUCUGAGUCAUGGCCAUCAGAAUGACGGCGUCGGCGAUAUCGAAGAUUACAAGGUUGAACUCGAGUCCUUACGCCAACGAACUCGAGAACUUGAACAGAAGCUUUCUGAGGCAGGCCUUGGAAACAAAACGAAUGGCGUGUUGUCCAAGUUGCGUUCAGCGAAUUGGUUCAGUGACAAAACCAAUCCCGAGAUGUGUGCUCUUUAUACUGAUCGAUAUCUCAACUACGGUCUGACUCAGGAGGAACUCAUGUCCGGAAAACCCAUCGUCGGUAUCGCACAGUCUGGCUCUGAUUUGGCUCCUUGCAAUCGAUACCAUCUGGAGUUGGCGAAACGAGUUCGUGAAGGAAUUCGAACUGCCGGUGGCGUCGCAUUUGAAUUCCCCACCCAUCCCAUACAGGAAAGCUCAAGAAGACCAACCGCAACUCUGGACAGGAAUCUUGCCUACAUCGGUCUCGUUGAGUUGCUUCAUGCUUAUCCGCUGGACGGUGUUGUUCUUCUCACGGGCUGUGACAAGACGACUCCGGCAUUUCUCAUGGCUGCUGCUACGGUCAACAUUCCGGCCAUCUGCCUCAAUGUCGGCCCCAUGCUCAACGGUCGCUUAGGCUCCAACGAUAUGAUCGGCUCAGGGACAGUUCUGUGGAAAGCCAGAGACUUGCAUGCUGCUGGUGAGAUCGAUACCGAUACGCUUGUGGAAAUGAUAGCAGCUGGAACACCCUCUGCCGGUCAUUGCAAUACGAUGGGUACGGCUUCCACCAUGAAUGCUCUGGCGGAAGCACUUGGAAUGGCUCUCCCAGGCUCGGCUGCUAUUCCAGCUCCGUAUCGUGAAAGAUCCCAGUGUGCCUACAAGACUGGAAGGCAAAUCGUGGAGAUGGUUCAUGCGGAUCGCAAACCGAGCGAUAUCAUGACCAGGGAAGCUUUUGAAAAUGCCAUUGUCGUCAACAGCGCCAUUGGAGGCAGCACCAACGCUCCAAUCCAUUUGAACGCGGUUGCGAAACAUAUCGGGGUGCCCCUCGAUCUGGACGACUGGGACCGCAUCGGAUUCAAUAUUCCCCUUCUCGUGAAUGUUCAACCAGCGGGUGAGAUGUUGUGCGAGGAAUAUUAUAAAGCUGGCGGUCUUCAGGCAGUCAUGGCUGAACUUCUGGAUCAGGGCAAACUGCACGCUCAAGUACUCACGUGUAAUGGUAGAACAGUAAGUGAAAAUGUGAAGGGCAAACAUUCAUGGGACAGACGAACAAUCAAAGCGUACUCGGAUCCGAUGAAGAAGGGCGCAGGUUUCCUGCAUCUCACGGGCAAUCUUUUUGAUUCCGCCAUCAUGAAGACUUCUGUGAUAUCCGACGAAUUUCGUAAGGAUUUCUUGGAAGACCCUAAUGAUCCCAAUGCUUUCGAGUGUAAGGCGGUGGUGUUUGAUGGAAGAGAGGAUUUCAUCAAGCGCAUCGAUGAUCCCCAAACUCCCAUCGAUCGGAGAACCAUCCUCGUAAUGCGUGGAGCAGGUCCCUUAGGUUAUCCAGGAGCUGCAGAAGUCGUCAAUAUGCACGCUCCGGGACAUGUGCUGAAACAAGGGGUUACAUCUUUGCCCUGCAUCGGGGAUGGAAGACAAUCCGGUACGUCUGGCUCGCCAUCCAUUUUAAAUGCAAGCCCUGAAGCCGCUGCUGGUGGUAAUUUGGCACUGCUACGUGACGGGGACAAGUUGAGAGUCGACUUGGACAAGAGAAGAGUUGAUAUUCUGGUGACGGAAUCUGAAUUGAAAAAGCGCCGUGAGGAGCUGGAGUCCAAAGGAGGCUAUCCUAUUGCAGAGAGCCAGACCCCGUGGCAAGAUAUCUUCAGGCGAGAAACGGGCCAGCUCAACGAAGGCAUGGUUCUUCAAAAUGCAGUCAAAUAUCAACGUAUAGCACAGCGUUGGCCUGCUCCCCUGCAUAACCAUUGA